UGUCAUUCUCCGCGGCGCGGCGGCGAGUGCGGACUGCGGUGCCCGGCCGCUAGCUCCCCCGCCGGCGCGCCGACGAUGUGACCGACCGCCUGGGAGCGGGCUGGAGGCUCUGCGGGUAACAGCGCUUCGGCUUGUCCCUUGCCGCGUUCCUCGCUGAGUCGCCAUUCCCUCGGAGCCGCAGACACGCACCAGCGGCUGGGAGCGCCGCACUCCGGGGUCGGUGGCGUCUGCAGCUCUCGGUCCGCGCGGCCGGUGCAGCCUCAGUCGCCGCUGCGGCCGCCGCCGGCGGGCCGUGCGCCCUGGCGAGUGCCGGGCUCCGGGCACGGCGGAGCGAGGCGGCUGGUGCGGAGCGACAGCGCCUAGCCUGGCACCCGCCGUCGCCCCGGCAGUGCGGGGCCAGCGAGGUUGAACGCCGCGGAGCGAGGUCCCCUCGGAAGGCUCCCUGUCUCCUGCGUCCCGAAAACACGAGGCCGUUCUCUUAUUUCAGCAGUUGGGUGUAACUUCAGAGCCGGGAAGGAGUGAUUUCAAGGCCAAGCAGGAAAAGAGGACUCUCGCCACCACAUUUCGAAGGGAGUCCACCGCCAGAACUUUGGUUCCUUAUUUGGACAAACAUUUCUCCAAGGAAGACGAAGCACCCCAUGCCUAUGUUCCCCAUCUGAAGGACUGACAGACUCCAUCAGCGUGUGCAACUUCGUGCACCCACCAUGGGCCCCCCGGGGAGCGUGCUGAGCAGUGGGCAAGUGCAGGUUGUCCUGUGGGGCAGUUUGGCCGCUGUUGCCGCUUUCUUCCUCAUCGGCUUCCUGAUUUUUCUGUGCUCCAGUUGUGACAGAGAGAAGAAGCCGAGGCAGCACAGUGGGGACCAUGAGAACCUGAUGAACGUGCCUUCUGAUAAGGAGAUGUUCAGCCGUUCGGUUACCAGCCUGGCCACAGACGCGCCUGCCAGCAGCGAGCAGAACGGGAUACUCACCAAUGGCGACAUCCUUUCAGAAGACAGUACUCUGACCUGCAUGCAACAUUAUGAGGAGGUCCAGACCUCAGCUUCGGAUCUGCUGGACUCCCAGGACAGCACGGGGAAGCCAAAGUGUCACCAGAGCCGGGAACUGCCCAGAAUUCCUCCUGACAGCGCAGUGGACACGAUGCUCAACGCGAGGAGCGUGGACGGGGACCAGGGCCUGGGGACAGAAGGGCCGUAUGAAGUGCUCAAGGAUAGUUCCUCCCAAGAGAAUAUGGUGGAGGACUGCUUGUAUGAAACUGUGAAAGAAAUAAAGGAGGUGGCAGCAGCCAUGAACCCAGGGAAAGGCCACAGCAGCAGGUCAAAGUCGACUUCCGCUUUGAAAGAGCUUCCGGGGCCCCAAGCCCCCGAGGCGGACUUUGCUGAGUAUGCCUCCGUGGACAGAAACAAAAAGUGUCGACAGAGUGUUAACGCAGAGACCGUUCUCAGAAAUUCAUGCGACUUGGAAGAGGAGGCCCCACCACCUGUCCCCAUUAAACUUCUGGAUGAGAAUGAAAACCUUCAGGAGAAGGAAGAGAACAAGACAGAGGAGGAGGGAGCCGCAGAGGGGACCAGCGAAACAAACAAGAGAUUUAGCUCAUUGUCGUACAAGUCCCGGGAAGAGGACCCAACUCUCACAGAAGAUGAGAUCUCAGCCAUGUAUUCCUCAGUAAAUAAACCUGGACAGUCAGGGAAUAAAUCAGGACAGACUCUCAAAGCACCAGAGUCCAGCCACACCUCUGUCCAAGGAGCUACUCAGAGAUCCCCCUCUUCCUGUAAUGAUCUCUAUGCUACUGUUAAAGACUUCGAGAAAACUCCAAACAGCGUCAGCACUCUUCCACCAGCAGUGAGACCCAGUGAGGAGCCGGAGCCUGAUUACGAAGCAAUACAAACUCUAAACAGAGAGGAAGACAAGGCCACCCCAGAGACCAAUGGCCAGCGUGGCCUUUUCCCAAAAGAGAAUGACUAUGAGAGCAUUGGGGACUUGCAGCAAUGCCGCAAUAUCACCAGGCUCUAGCAAGCGGGAAGACAAGCCCGCACAACGUAUGCCGGCGGGCUGGGGGCAUUUCUUCUACGGAGGA